AGACAGCAAGGACAGGGCAGUAUCUCGACCCCCCCUGUAGGAUGCACUAGUUAGUAGGAUCCAUUGGCAUUUGCGCAUUUGCAACCUAACAACCAACAACGACAUUGUAGGAACUGAUUGCUAAAUAGCUACAGUAUCAGUACUAGUAGUACCAUGUCGAUGAACGUGUUUCGUCUGUGUGGAGACAUGUGCCAUGUCUUCUCCAUCCUUGUCUUGCUUCUGAGGCUAAGGGUGGCCAAAAACGCUCAGGGAAUCUCGGUUCGAACACACGAGCUGUUCUUGCUAGUGUUUGUGACUCGGUAUUCAGAUCUGUUGUUCCACUUUUACUCGGUUUACAACUCGGUGAUGAAGGUGCUCUACAUUCUCUCGACGGCGUCCAUCGUGUACACUAUUCGAUUCCAAGAACCCAUCAAGUCCACGUACGAUCAAUCGCAAGAUACUUUUAUGCAUUGGAAAUUUGCCGUUGCUCCCUGCGCAUUGGUGGCACUCAUCACCCAGCUCAUCACAGACGGGACCACCCCACAUCUCUUCAAGAUGCUAUGGACAUUCUCCAUAUACUUGGAAGCCAUUGCCAUUGUACCACAACUCAUUGUCCUGCAACGAUACGGAGAAGUGGAAAACCUUACUGGAAACUACAUCUUCUUCAUGGGUUCAUACAGGGCCCUCUAUAUUCUGAACUGGAUUUACAGAGCCUACACCGAAAAGGGGUACCAUCAUCAUUGGGUCGCAUACAUUGCUGGCGUACUACAGACACUGCUCUACGUCGAUUUCUUUUACUAUUACUUUGAAAGCAAGAAAAAGGGAGGGAAAAUGCGGCUGCCUACAGCUAACUAGCAGUCAUGUGACUUGACAGUACAUAUGGUGCCGUUGUGUCGCUUUCUCGACAACGAGGAUACAUGCUUUGAUUCGAUUCAUUCUAGCCGACGAAACCACACGCUACGUUUACUUUACACCUAGACUACUAAUAGUACAGACUACCAUACGCAUCGGGCUAGCUAGCAGAAUACCGGUAUUACAUGUAUGUAUAGUCCACAACUAUGUACCUGGCCC